GCCCCGUUGCUCUUCCUCCCUCCCUCCCCCCUCCACCCCGGGCCGGCUCCCUACCUCGUCCCGGCCAGCUGUGCCCGGCGUCUGUGGGUCGCCCUUCGCCCAGCCCUCCCGCCCCACCGAGAUGGAGCUGCCCCAGCCGGAGCCCGCGGCAGCCUCGACUCUCAGUCCGGCCGACGUGCGCGGUGGCGCCCAGCGUCCCGGCCACCUCCCGGGCCUCCGGCUGGGGGCUCAUGGCCUCCUGGGGUCUCCGAAGCGCGCCGCCGCUUCCUCGCCGGUCACCACCCUCACCCAGACCAUGCACGACCUCGCCGGGCUCGGCAGCGAGACCCCAAAGAGUCAGGUAGGCAGCCUGCUCACAUGCCUAUCCCUGUCCCGUCGGGCGUCUGAAUCCUCCCUGUCGUCUGAGUCCUCUGAAUCUUCUGAUGCAGGUUUGUGCAUGGACUCUCCCAGCCCUAUGGACCCCCAGGUGGUGGAGCAGACAUUUGAACAGGCUAUCCAGGCAGCCAGCCGAGUUUUUCGAAAUGAACAGUUUUCUAUCCGACGCUUCCAGUCCUUGCCGGGAAGGCUUCUGGGCCACAGCCCUGUGCUACGGAACAUCACCAACUCCCAAGCGCCUGGCACCUGGAGGAAGAGUGAAGCAUGUGGCCGAGCUGCCCACAGCUCUAGGGAGGACAAAGAGAAUGAUGGAUUUGUCUUCAAGAUGCCAGGGAAGCCCACACAUCCCAGCCACACCCAUGCCCUGGCAGAGUGGGCCAGCCGCAGAGAAGCCUUUGCCCAGAGGCCAAGCUCGGCUCCCGACCUGAUGUGUCUCACCCCUGAGCGGAAGAUGGAAGUAGAGGAACUGACUCCCCUGGCCCGGUGCUGCUUCUCCCUGACCCCAACCAAGGGGGCUACCGAGGAAGAUGAUGGAUUCGUGGAUAUCCUGGAGUGUGACUUAAAGGAGGAUGAUGUAGUCCCCCCAGGCAUGGAGAGCCUCAUUAGUGCCCCACUGGUCAAGACCUCAGAAAAGGAAGAGGAGCAGGACCUCAUCAUGUACAGCAAGUGCCAGCGGCUCUUCCGCUCUCCGUCCAUGCCCUGCAGUGUGAUCCGGCCCAUCCUCAAGAGGCUGGAGCGGCCCCAGGACAGGGACCUGCCCAUACAGAGCAAGCGGAGAAGGAGCGUGACCCCUCCAGAGGAGGAGCAGCGAGAGGCUGAGGAACCCAAAGCCCGCGUUCUCCGCUCAAAGUCCUUGUGUCAUGACGAGAUUGAGAACAUCCUGGACAGUGACCACCGAGAACUGAUCGGGGAUUACUCCAAGGCCUUCCUCCUACAGACUGUGGAUGGAAAGCACCAAGACCUCAAGUACAUCUCACCAGAAACGAUGGUGGCCCUGCUGACAGGCAAGUUCAGCAACAUCGUGGAGAGGUUUGUGAUUGUGGACUGCAGAUACCCCUACGAGUAUGAAGGCGGGCACAUCAAGACUGCUGUGAACCUGCCUCUGGAAAGGGAUGCUGAGACCUUCCUGCUACAGAGCCCCAUCACACCCUGUAGCCUGGACAAGAGAAUCAUCCUCGUUUUCCACUGUGAAUUUUCAUCUGAGCGGGGGCCCCGCAUGUGCCGUUUCAUCCGGGAACGGGACAGAGCCUCCAAUGACUACCCCAGCCUCUACUAUCCUGAGAUGUAUAUCCUCAAAGGCGGCUACAAGGAGUUCUUCCCACAGCACCCGACCUUUUGUGAGCCUCAGGACUACCGGCCCAUGAACCAUGAGGCCUUCAAGGAUGAGCUGAAGACCUUCCGCCUCAAGACGCGCAGCUGGGCUGGCGAGCGGAGCCGGCGGGAGCUCUGCAGCCGCCUGCAGGACCAGUGAAGUGCUGGCAACUGUCCCACCCGCCUUUCUUGCCUGGGCGUCAGCUGCCCGGUGGCUUACAGGGCUGAGGGUCUGCUGUCUGGGUGAAAGAUGGUGAGGGUGUCCUGUCUGUCUGCCCCAGUGCUGAUCCCCUGUCUCACUCCAGUCAUACUCCAUAUCCUGGUGACACCCACGCCCCCACCCCUGGCACCCCUGGAAGAGCCCAGCCUGCUGACUUAGUGAAAUUGGAUUAAGUCUAGUUCAAAGGAAGUAUUUUGUGUCUAGCAGGAGCCUUUUCGUUUUUUUUUUUUCUGUAUUGUUUGGGUUAACCCUUUGUCUUCCUGUAUUCAGAAAAGCCCCCAUUUUUCUAGGGGCUUUGUUUGUAUGUAUGAGGCUGAGAGAAAGCUACAGCCCCCUAGGAUGGGCCACAGCUGUACUCUUCCCUGCCCUAUAGGAGUCAGCACUGUGCCCCAGGCCCUUGACAGCACUCCUGAGUGUGUGCGCCAUGUUCCCCUUUCUCUUUUCCUCUUUCCUGUCCCUCCAUAUGAACACCUCCAGCACAGACAUGAGCUCGUACUCUUUCCUGUUUCAGUGUUAUCUGUAUGCUUGAUUUGUCUUUUUUUUUUUUUUUUUUUUUUUUUGCCCAUCUUAGGAUAGUCACAGGCUAAGGUUUAGGUUCCCCCAUCCAGUUGGGGUUAAAGACUCAAACUUUCAUAACCCACUUCGCCCUGGCUUCUGUUGCCUCAGAAAGGGAUGUUAUUAUCUGCGGAGGCCCUUGGGUGAGGGCUAAGGCCUCCAUCCUGAGCCCACUGGAAGCCCAGCCCUCACUGCUGUGAACCCUGGGUCCUGAAACAUGUCAGAACUUGCUGCUGUCUUGUCAUGGAUGGACAGAUGGACGAAUGGAAGAGUGGAUGGAUGGAUGGCCAUGGAUGCACAAUGCCUUGUCCACAAACCGCUGAGUUGAAAGUGUCUCAGUGAGGAUGACAGCCUGCAGCAGGAGUAUACGUGUAUCUGUGUGGACAAAAUCUUUACACUUUAAGGUUUGGAGAUAUUCAAAAGGAAAUGUCAUGGAAGCAGCUAAACCAAGGCCAGCCACCUCUGGAUUCUGAAUCUCAGGAAAUGGGCAGGGCUUCUUGAAGGCCCUGAUGAGUCAUCUGGUAGGGUCUUGGUUCAAUAAAGCACUGAGCAAGUUGAGUAAGGCAGCAUGUGUCCUGUGGAGCCCUUGACAAGACUGCGGCAGACACUGAUGGUGGAAUAUGGCAGGGGCAAGUCAGCAGAUUGAGGCUGGAAGACUCCUGGGAAGGUGGCCUCAUACCCUCUUCCCAAGUCUUGCCAAGAUUUUGGAUUCAGCCUCCCCAUUUCCCUCAUCUGGCUGCUCAAGCACUUCUGGGCUCACACUUGCUAAAUUCUGCACCAAAAAGGCAAGAGUGAUGCCAUCAAUUCUCUCCUUUAGAAUUGUCAGUGGCUCACCAUUGCCCUCAGAUAAACUUAAAAGUCUCAUAGCCCUUUAG